AUGGGCAGCACCUCAUCAAUUGGGCAGCUGGUGUUCAAGGGCAUGAAGCGCCUGAACAGGAUUCAGUCCAUAGUGUUCGAGACGGCCUACAACACCAAUGAGAACCUCCUGAUCUGUGCUCCAACCGGUGCUGGCAAGACCAACAUCGCCAUGCUGACAGUUCUCCAUGAAAUCCGUCAGCACUUGCAGCCCGGUGGCGUCAUUAAGAAAGAUGAAUUCAAGAUCGUAUAUGUGGCUCCCAUGAAAGCCUUGGCGGCUGAGAUGACGAACUACUUUGGUAAGCGGCUGGAGCCACUGGGCAUCACUGUGAAAGAACUCACUGGAGACAUGCAGCUUACCAAAGGAGAGAUCCUUCGAACACAGAUGUUGGUGACGACUCCGGAGAAGUGGGACGUUGUGACCAGGAAGAGUGUUGGCGAUGUGGCUCUGUCACAGAUUGUGCGGCUCCUCAUCUUGGAUGAAGUCCAUCUAUUGCAUGAAGAUCGAGGCCCGGUUCUUGAGAGUCUGGUGGCCCGGACCAUCAGACAGGUGGAGUCCACCCAGAGCAUGAUCAGGAUUCUGGGACUGUCUGCUACCCUGCCUAACUAUCUGGAUGUGGCCACCUUCCUACAUGUCAACCCAUAUAUUGGUCUCUUCUUCUUCGACGGUCGCUUCAGACCAGUGCCUCUGGGACAGACCUUUGUUGGCAUCAAAACCAACAACAAGAUCCAGCAGAUCCAUGACAUGGAGGAGGUUUGUUAUGACAAAGUUCUGGAACAGGUGAAGGCAGGUCACCAGGUGAUGGUGUUUGUCCAUGCUCGUAAUGCCACAGUGAGGACGGCCAUGGGGCUCAUCGAGAUGGCGAAGAACCGUGGAGAGAUUUGUUUCUUUCAACCAGACCAAGGGUCAGACUACGGCCAGUGUGAGAAACAGAUCCAGCGCUCCAGGAACAAGCAGAUGAAAGAAAUGUUUCCUGAAGGUUUUGGCAUCCACCACGCUGGCAUGCUGCGCUCUGACCGCAGCCUGAUGGAGAGCAUGUUCUCUAGAGGCCACCUCAAGGUCCUGGUCUGUACCGCCACCUUGGCCUGGGGAGUGAACCUGCCGGCUCACGCUGUCAUCAUCAAGGGUACCCAAAUUUACGAUGCCAAGCGCGGCGCCGUGGUGGAUCUGGGCAUCCUGGACGUCAUGCAGAUUUUUGGAAGAGCAGGUCGUCCGCAGUUUGAUAAGUAUGGUGAGGGAACCAUCAUCACCACCCACGACAAGCUGAGCCAUUACCUGACCCUGCUCACCCAGCAGAACGCCAUAGAGAGUCGGUUCCUGGACAGCCUGGCCGAUAACCUCAACGCUGAGAUUGCUCUGGGAACGGUCACCAACGUGGAGGAGGCUGUGAAGUGGCUCAGCUACACCUACCUUUAUGUUCGCAUGAGGGCCAACCCGCUGGCGUACGGCAUCAACCACAAAGCUUCUCAGAUGGAUCCAGCUUUGGAGCUGUACAGGAAGGAUCUGGUGGUGGAGUCGGGCAGGAAGCUGGAUAAGGCCAGGAUGAUCCGCUUCGACGAGCGCACCGGCUACUUCGCCUCCACAGACCUGGGCAGGACUGCGAGCCACUUCUACAUCAAGUAUAACACCAUAGAGACGUUCAAUGAGCAUUUCAACCCUCAGGGAACAGAAGCCGACAUCCUCAGCAUCGUCUCCAAAGCUGAGGAGUUUGAACAACUCAAGGUUCGAGAGGAGGAGAUGGAGGAGCUGGAGCAGAUGCUGUGUAGCUACUGUCAGCUUCCAGCUGCAGGAGGUGUGGAGAACGGCUACGGCAAGGUCAACAUCCUGCUGCAGACGUACAUCGGCCGAGGAGAAGUGGACAGCUUCUCGCUCAUCUCGGACCUGUCCUAUGUUGCACAGAACGCCGCUCGGAUCGUGAGGGCCUUGUUUGAGAUCGCUUUGAGGAAGCGCUGGCCGCUUAUGACCCGUCGACUGCUCACCCUGUGCAAGGUGAUCGACAAGCGGCUGUGGGACUCUGCCCACCCCCUCCGGCAGUUCCCCAACCUGAGCCCCGUCGUGCUGAACCGCUUGGAGGAGAAGAAGCUGACUGUGGACAAACUGAAGGAGAUGAGGAAGGAUGACAUUGGUCACAUGCUGCACCACGUCAACAUCGGGUUAACGGUCAAACAGUGUGUCCACCAGAUCCCCUCGAUCUCAAUGGAGGCCACCAUCCAGCCAAUCACACGCACCGUGCUGCGUGUUCGUCUCAUCGUCACGCCUGAUUUUCGCUGGAAUGACCAGGUCCAUGGAUCAGUGGGUGAGCCCUGGUGGUUGUGGGUGGAAGAUGCCAUGAAUGAUCACAUCUACCACUCUGAGUACUUCCUGCUGCAGAAGAAACAGGUGGUGUCAGGAGAGCCUCAGCACAUCGUGUUCACCAUUCCCAUCUUUGAGCCGUUGCCCUCACAGUACUACAUCAGGGCCGUCUCUGACCGAUGGCUCGGUGCUGAAGCUGUCUGCAUUAUCAACUUCCAGGACCUGAUCUUACCAGAGCGACACCCCCCACACACUGAGCUACUAGACCUCCAGCCGUUGCCAGUGACUGCUCUGGGUAACCGAGAGUACGAGAGCCUUUACAAGUUCACUCACUUCAACCCCAUCCAGACCCAAAUCUUCCACACACUGUACCACACCGACACCAACGUGUUGCUGGGAGCGCCGACGGGCUCUGGAAAAACCAUCGCAGCAGAGAUGGCCAUGUUCCGGGUCUUCAACAAGUAUCCGUCCUCCAAGGUCGUGUAUAUUGCCCCUUUGAAGGCCCUGGUGAGGGAGCGCAUUGAGGACUGGAAGGUCAGGAUUGAAGAGAAACUUGGAAAAAGCGUGGUGGAGCUGACCGGGGACGUGACUCCAGACAUGAGAGCCAUAGCAAAAGCUGACCUGAUCGUCACCACGCCCGAAAAGUGGGAUGGAGUCAGCAGGAGUUGGCAGAAUCGAAGCUACGUCCAGAAAGUAGCGAUUCUCAUUAUCGAUGAGAUCCACCUGCUGGGUGAGGACAGAGGUCCGGUCCUCGAGGUCAUUGUGUCCAGGACCAACUUCAUCUCGUCUCACACUUCCAAGAGUGUUCGAGUAGUUGGGCUGUCCACGGCUCUGGCCAACGCUCGAGACCUGGCUGACUGGUUGGGCAUCGGACAGGUCGGUUUGUUUAACUUCCGUCCGUCUGUGCGCCCGGUCCCACUUGAAGUUCACAUCCACGGUUUUCCAGGACAGCACUACUGCCCCCGCAUGGCCAGCAUGAACAAGCCCACCUUCCAAGCGAUACGCGCUCACUCUCCAGCCAAGCCUGUGCUCAUUUUUGUGUCAUCACGAAGGCAAACUCGCCUGACCGCCCUGGACCUCAUCGCCUACCUGGCUACAGAGGACAACCCCAAACAGUGGCUGCACCAGGAUGAGAGAGAGAUAGAGGACAUCAUUGGCACCGUUCGAGAUUCCAACCUGAAGCUGACACUGGCCUUUGGGAUCGGCAUGCAUCAUGCAGGCCUCCAUGAGAGAGACAGAAAGACUGUAGAGGAGCUGUUUGUCAACUGUAAGAUUCAGGUUCUGAUUGCUACCAGCACUCUGGCCUGGGGAGUGAACUUCCCCGCUCACCUGGUUGUCGUCAAGGGAACCGAGUACUACGAUGGCAAAUCCAGGCGCUAUGUGGACUACCCCAUCACAGACGUGCUGCAGAUGAUGGGGCGAGCAGGCCGUCCUCAGUUUGAUGACCAGGGCAAAGCAGUCAUCCUUGUCCACGACAUAAAGAAGGAUUUCUACAAGAAGUUUCUGUACGAGCCGUUUCCUGUAGAGUCCAGCCUCCUCGGCGUGCUCUCUGAUCAUCUGAAUGCUGAGAUUGCUGCAGGAACCAUCUCAUCCAAGCAGGACGCCAUGGACUACAUCACCUGGACCUACUUCUUCAGACGGCUGAUGAUGAAUCCCAGUUAUUACAGCCUAGAGGACAUCAGCCACGAGUCUAUUAACAGGUAUCUGUCCAACCUGGUGGAGAGAAGCCUGCGUGACCUCGAGGGCUCCUACUGCAUUGAAAUUAAAGAGGACGAUCAGUCGACGGAGCCUCUUACCUACGGUCGCAUUGCCUCCUAUUACUACCUGAAGCACCAGACCAUCCGCACGUUCAAGGAGCGCCUCAGGGCGGAGCUACCCAUACACGAGCUGCUCUCUGUGCUCACGGAUGCAGAGGAGUAUGCCGAGCUGCCCGUCAGACACAACGAGGACCAGCUGAACAGCCAGCUGGCUCAGCAGCUCCCCUUGCAGGUCAACCCCCACUCCUAUGAUAGCGCACACACCAAGACCCACCUGCUGCUGCAGGCCCACUUCGGCCACGCCCAGCUGCCUUGCAGCGACUACACCACCGACACCAAAACUGUGCUGGACAACGCCAUCCGCAUCUGUCAGGCAAUGCUGGAUGUAGCUGCCAAUGAAGGCUGGCUCGUCACAGCCAUCAGCAUCUGCAAUCUUGUGCAAAUGAUCGUCCAGGGCCGCUGGCUGCACGACUCCUCCUUACUGACGCUCCCACACGUAGAACAGCAACACCUCAGCCUGUUCAGGAACAGGGGAAACAGGAAGGGGCAGGGAGGUUUGAACGAGCCAAUCGAAGGACUUCCUGAGCUGAUCGCUGCCUGUAAUGGAAAUGAAAGCGUCUUCUCUGCUAUGGUGGCCCGACAGCUUCAUCCGAGUCAGACUGCUCAGGCGUGGUCGUUCCUGAGCCAUCUCCCAGUGCUGGAAGUUGAGAUGAGCAUGAAGGGCUGGUGGGAGGAGAGCCAGGAGCAGACGGAGCGUCCCAUCCCUGCAGCAGGAGCUAACCUCAGGAAGGGGAGCAGCUGGCUGGACGUCCACGCUGACCAGGAGUAUGUUCUGCAGGUGUCACUGAGACGCCUCAAUCUGGGACAGCAGAGGAGGAGGCAGGACAGCAAGGCCCAAGCUCCCAGGUUCCCCAAGGCCAAGGACGAGGGCUGGUUCCUCGUGCUGGGGGAGGUGGAUCGCAGGGAGCUGCUGGCUGUGAAACGGCUGGGAUACGUGCGUAACCACACGGCCGUGUCCAUGGCCUUCUACACCCCGGAGAGGACCGGAAAGUGUAUUUACACGCUGUACCUGAUGAGUGACAGCUACCUGGGUCUGGACCAGCAGUAUGAUGUUCACCUGAACGUAACGCCUGCCAGCAUCGCUGCACAGGUCAACAGCGAGGUCUCACAUUCGGAUCUGUCCCUGGGCUGAGGAAGUACCUCUGCGUCACGUCGGCGACGUCUGUCAGUCACCGCUUUGCUGACCUCGGAAGUGACGUCGUUUCUUUCUCACGCACUGUGGCUGUGCUCACUGUGGUGCACCGGUGCCAAGGACCGCCUCAUUCUCAUUCAUUUAACUUUCAAUUGGUAACAUCCAACAAGAGUCUGCUGCUGCGCUGUUCUUGAUUGGCCGGAUCUUUGUGUGUGGUGUCAGAUAUAUAAGCAUGGCGGCACACGUUCGAACAGCAGCUGUGUAGCUGUGAAAUGUAGCUCUGUGCCUGAAUUGUAGAGAACAUCGUACAGAUUAUACCAAAGCACAUCACCGAACACAAACAGGUUGCUGUCGUGUUUGGGAGGUUGUGGGCUGACAGUAACACAAAGCUGUGUUAAACGUGAGCACGCUGUGGAGCUUCAGCUCAACAACAGGAUCAUACAUUUCCCUGACUCCGUGCCUGUGUGGAGGUGGAAACGCAGUGUGGCAAACCUGUGGGUGAGAGAUUUCUGUGAAGGGCAGAAAAUGUGCAAAUCGUUUUGGAUCAGAUGUGGAAGUGUUUGUUUGGAUGAAGUGCUUUGAGUUCAGGUGUGUGAACAAAGCUUCCUCCUCCCUCACCGCUGCAUGCUUCAGAGGCCCUGAGCCUAACGCUGCUGUCUGUGGCCUUUGUGUGGAUGUGUAUGAACCCCGUGAGCAGCACUGUGCCGCCAAUCAUUAAAGAAUUUACAUUUGGUUUUGAAUAAAGUGUUUUGUGUGGCUUCAAAUUGUAA